GUGCGACAAGGACAAGUACUGAGUCUGGGUGACUGGGAAGAGGAGUUCAAUUUGCCCCACAGGGCAUCAGAAGCAACGGACUGCAGUGCCUGAACUGGAACCACCACUGUGCAAAGCUAAUACACAACAAUGGGAGAUUGGAGCUUCUUGGGUAAUAUUUUAGAGGAAGUAAAUGAACACUCCACUGUGAUUGGCCGUGUUUGGCUCACAGUGCUGUUCAUUUUCCGCAUUUUGAUUCUGGGCACAGCUGCCGAGUUUGUCUGGGGAGAUGAGCAGUCCGAUUACGUGUGUAACACACAGCAGCCAGGCUGUGAGAAUGUGUGCUAUGAUGAGGCCUUUCCAAUAUCCCACAUUCGUCUCUGGGUUUUACAGAUCAUUUUUGUAUCCACUCCUUCACUUGUGUACGUUGGCCAUGCUGUCCAUUACAUCCACAUGGAGGAGAAACGUAAGGAGCGUGAAGAAGCUGAGAUUAGCCACCAACAGGAAAUAGCAGAGGAGCAUCUACCUCUAGCAACUGAUCAGGGAAGUGUUCGCACUGCCAAGGAGAUCAGCACGAAAGGUAGCAAAAAGUUCAGACUUGAGGGCACCUUACUUUGCACCUACAUUUGCCAUAUCAUCUUCAAAUCUCUGUUUGAAGUAGGCUUCGUGGUUGGACAAUACUUUUUGUAUGGGUUCCGCAUCCUGCCACUGUACAGGUGCAGUCGUUGGCCGUGCCCUAACACUGUGGACUGCUAUGUCUCCCGGCCAACAGAAAAGACCAUCUUCAUCAUCUUCAUGCUUGCUGUUGCUUGCGUUUCACUAUUCCUCAACUUCGUGGAGAUCAGCCACCUUGGCUUGAAGAAGAUUCGCUUUGUAUUCCAUAGGCCAGCUCCAGCACAGUUGGAGCCUCUUGGUCCACCUGAGAGGAGCCUUCCAUUUCUUCUCACUACCCCUGUCCAAAAAGCCAGAGGCUAUAGGCGCCUUGAAGAGGAUAAGAAAGACAAGGUUGCACACAUUUAUCCACUAACAGAGGUUGGUAUGGAAGAGGGACAGUUUUUUCAAACUCAGGUGGAGAAGGAACAGAAAAGCAGUCAGGAGGCAGUUAUUCCAACAGCACCCCCUGUAGAGGAGACAGUCAUAUGCGAUGAGACUCAGCCCUCAUUCAUUCAGGUCAUAGAGACAGUCCCAAAGCUACCACAAGAGGAAAAGAUGCCAUGUCGGGAGGGAGAUGAGGUAGACAGCCUAAAGACUAUGACAGCAUUGCAAGAAGUAUUGGAGGAACAACCAGAGGGUGACAGUCUGGAGGAAACAUAUUUAAUUUCACUUGAGGAGUGUUUGGAAAUAGAACUAGGGGAAUUAACCAGUGGAGAGUUUACUGAGGAAAAGUUAGUGAAAGAGAGUAGCUUAGUUGAGGGUGAGUUAACACAGGAGGAAAACUUUUCAGAUGUUAGAAAAGAGCAACUUACAUUACAGGAAAUUGGUGGAACAGAGGAGAACACCUUAAAGGUCAAGGAGUCGAGAGAAGAGGGGGGUUUACCUGACGUGGUGGAGGAAGGAACAGAUGUUGAGGAGUCUGAUGGAGAGAGAGAACUAUGUCAGAUAGAGCCUUUUAUUAAUGAGUAUGUUCUACAGGAGUUGAAAUCUUUAGAGAAUGGGAAUGUUACUGGGGAUCUGGACAUGUCCAAAAUAUCUGAGGGUGCACGACAGCCAGAGGCUUUAGGGGAGGUUGUGGGGUCAAAGGAAUUAGAAAAUCUAUGUGACAUGGUCAAAGCUUAUAGAGAUGUAGAAAAUAAAGAAGGGGAUAGAGUUAAAGAGAAUGUAGUAGACCCAGGAGUUGGCGGAGCUGUAAAGAACUUAGUGGAGACAUGUAAGGGUGAGGCUUUAGAGGACUUAGUAGACACAGGAUUUGGUGAAGCUGUAAAGGCUGUUGUAGAUGCUGGAAGUGGUGGAGCUUUGGAGGAUGAAGUAGACAUAGGACUGGGCAGAGCUGUAGGGGAUGUUGAGGAUGCAGAAAGGGGUGGAGCUUUAGAGGAUGUAGUAGAUUCAGGAGUGGGCGGAGCUGUAAAGGAUAUUGUCGAUACAGGAAGGGGUGGAGCUCAAGCGGAUGUAGGGGUUCCAGGAAGGGGUGGGGUUUUAGAGGAUGUAGUGCACACAGUAGUGGGCGGAGCUGUAGAUGAUGUUGUAGAUGAGGAAGGGGGUGGAGCUUUAGAGGAUAAAGUAGACACAGGACUGGGUGGAGCUGUUGUGAAUGCAGGAAGGGAUGGCGCUUUAGAGGAAGAAGUAGACACAGGAGUGGGCGGAGCUGUAAAGAACAGAGUGGAUGGAGGUAAGCAUCAAGCUUUAGGAAAUCUGGUCAGUACAGAUGAGGAUAGAGCUCUUGAAAAAGUAGUUGAUUCAGGUAAGGAGGAAGCUCUAGAUAAAGCUCUAGAAGUUGCAAUGGACUUAACACAGGUGGAAACCUUUGGGAAGGAGGGAGUAUCAUUGGAGAUGGAGGAUGCAGAGGAGGAUAAAAGUUCUAGGGGGUGUGAUGGGUCAAGGAAAGAAGAGGAUUUUGUAGAAAGUGGAGGAUCCGGGAAGGAAGAGAGUUUCCAAGAAUCACAAAACUUGGAGGCCAUAGAAGAGAUGAUGGAUGCUUCAUUUGUAGCUUUGGAACUAGAGACAACCGAGAGGCUUGAGGAAACAAGAUCAUUAAGUCGUCUCAGCAAAGGGAGCAGUAGAGCCAGGUCAGAUGAUCUAACAAUAUGAUUGACCACAAAAAAAACUUAGCCAAAAAAUAUACAGAGACAAAUCUUUGAUUCCAAAGUGCCACAGCAGAACCAGCUGACAAGCAUAGUUCGACAAGGUGUUACAUUUUAACAAGAUUGAUAAAUAUUUAUAAGAAACAUAUUUUUAAAGGUUCAUCUUAAUCCAGACUUAAUAUGUAAAAAAAAUAAAAAAUAAAAUAAAAAAAAUAGCGAUUCCCUGCUGUUUUACUCCAUUUAUCACAAAUCCCAUGCAAGAUAGUCAGUCUCACAUUGUAAAUGUGUGCCUUAUCUGUCUAUUGUUUUGAUCUAUACAUUGUUAUUAUAUGCUGUUUUUUUUUUUUAUUUAUUUUAUUUUUUAUCCUGGUCCAUAGAAUUAUUUUCAUUAUUACAGAACUGCUUAUACAAAUGGAUUUCAAGUGCAUUGUGGGGUUUUAAAUGAUUUUAGAACAUUUUACAUUUUUUAAAUAGGAUAAUUGAAUAAAGUAACAGACAAUUGUUACACUCCCAUAAUUUAGUUAGGGUCUGUUGUUGUUGUUGUUGUUGUUGUUUUUACAACUUGCAACUUUUGGAUGUGAUUGUAUCAUUAAAUACUGAAAUUAAGGAUUUUUAUUAUCUGUGUAAUACUCAUCAGGUACAAUUAUGGUUUUCCUGGUUUAUAUGUCAAGAAAUUUAUGAGGACCCUAAAUAAAGUUACCACUA